AUGUUCCGUUUAAUCACAUUUCUACUUUUCGUCAACUUUGCGUCUUGUUUUUGGCAUCAUGAACACAACCAUUGUUAUGGUGGACAUGGUCACCAUAGACACUCAUGGCAUCACCAUCAUAAUGAUGACAAUGAUUUCGAAAGUCUUGCUCAAUGCGUGAUCUCUGCUGACAAUCUGCUUAAGACCAGUUGUACCAAGAGCGUGCAUAAUCGAACGCGAGUGUACCAAGGGCUGGAUUUCUACGUACUCAAAUAUUAUCUCCAAGAAUUCACGGAAAACAGCAUUAAUGUGGUGAUUAAACAUAGGGUUAUAUAUGUCACGGCGCAAGAAAAUGGCAUUGUUACAUUUAAAGAUUUGCGGAUUUUGCCAGACUCCGUUAAAACGACCGAUGCUACAUGGUACUUCGAGGACGGCUUACUUCGAGUGUUACUUCCUUACAAAAAUCCGUUAAAAUCUGAGGUGAUAUUAACUUGUGGCGACACUGACCAAACUAUUAUUAAUGUUCCUAAACUUAAGAAUGAUCGAGACGAAUUAAGAUUCUUGAAAGAAUCUACAUAG